UCCGUAGGUGGUAGACGGUCUCUGACUGUCGAACGCGGAGGUACCACCCGGCGGAUCUCGUAGGCGGAGCCAGAAUGUGUGCAUGCUGCAUGCACACGUGUUCCCUCGCCAGAGUCCGUGUGGCGUCUCCCCUUUCCCCUGUAUCCCCCUAUAGCCCCACGGUACCCAAUGGGUGUUUAGGCCUUAGGCCUUCGUGGUAGUUGAAGUAUAAAAAAAUACCUCGAACGUCACAGCUUGAUUAGCGACAGGCAG